AUGGGUAAACUAACAACCAGUGAAACCAAGGUAAAGGAGCACCAUAAACCACUUUACAAGGAUAUAGUCCAUGGAGCUGGUAGGUUCAAGACUGCUUCCCAGAAUUCUGGAAGAGAUUCUACUUCAGAGCAGAAGGAUGGAGAGGAUCAAGAUACCAUCAUUGACUCCAAGGCAACUAGAAAGAUUUUACAAUUAGCCAAAGAUCAACAAGAAGAAAUAGAGUCAGAGGAAAAUCGGUUUGGCAAAAGGGUGGAUGAUCCAUUCGUGAAGUUUCAAGUUCGUCAACAACAAGAUGAAGAUGAGGACGAUUUUACGGAAGAGUACGAUGAAAUGAAGGCCUUUGAAGGGUCUGAUGGUGAAGAGUAUGAUGGCGAAUUUGAGGGUGAAGAAGAAUACGUUAAUGAAGAAGAUGCCAAACUAUUUCAGUCUUAUUUCAAGUCUGAACAGUCUUUUCCUGAAGGAAGUUUCAAUCUAGCCGAUAAGGUGAUGGCUAAGAUUGAGCAAUUACAAGCAGAAGCAGAGAGGAAAAAUGAAAAGCCGGUAGAUGCAGUAUUGCUCCCUCCAAAGGUCAUUCAAGCAUAUCAAACUAUAGGAACUCUUUUGACCACUUGGACGCAUGGUAGGCUUCCAAAACUAUUCAAAGUUAUUCCCACGCUAAAACGUUGGGAAGAUGUCCUUUAUGUAACAAAUCCAGAUGCGUGGACCCCCAACGUGUGUUUCGAAGCCACCAAACUGUUUGUAUCCAAUUUUGGUUCCAAAGAUGCUACAAAAUUUGUCCAUAUGGUUCUAUUAGAGAGAUUCAGAGCCAGCAUAGAGGACUCCGACGACCACAAGUUAAACUACCAUUUGUACAGGUCUCUAAAAAAAUCACUCUAUAAACCAGCUGCCUUUUUCAAAGGAUUUCUUUUUCCAUUGGUAGAGGAAAGAUGUAGCGUCAGAGAGGCAAUCAUUGCAGGCUCCAUUCUGGCAAAAGUUUCCAUUCCAGCAUUGCAUUCGGCUGCUGCUCUUUCUUGGUUAACGGAACAAGAUUUCCAACCAGCUACGACAGUUUUUAUCAGAAUUUUACUAGAGAAGAAAUAUGCAUUGCCCUAUCAAACUGUUGACAACUUGGUCUUCUACUUUAUGAGAUUCAGAGUUAUCAAUGGACAAGUUGCAGACAGUGUGAAGAACUACUAUGAUCCAGCAAAUAAACCCUCUGAGAUACCUCCAAUGCCACUAGUGUGGCAUAAGGCGUUCCUUGCUUUCGCCCAACACUACAAGAAUGAUAUCACUGACGAUCAGCGUGAUUUCUUAUUAGAGACAAUUAGAACCAGAGGACACAGAGAUAUAGGUCCUGAAAUCAGAAGGGAACUGUUGGCUGGUGUGCCAAGGACGGAGAACACAGAUGAGAGAAUGGAAUUGUAG